AUGGCGCAGCUAAUCAGAGACGCCCCCCUGGGCCAAGUUAUACGCUUCAUCACAGGAGGCAAAUUCCUCCGCUACCCGGAAGAAGAACCCGACUUUCAGCUCCCGCAGCAAUGGCUUGACGUGUUGAACUCGUCUGCGGACGAGAAGAGCAUAUCAUUGGAGGCCACAUCGGCCACGGACACAGAUGAGGAGAACAUCUUGCCGAAGACUGAAGUGGCCGACGCCGCGCCGUAUGCCGCCGCCACAAGAACACGGAGCAGAGAGGAUACGACACCGUAUACCCAGGACCGUCUCGAGGCGGACGAGAUCCACGAGAUCGAAAAGACCAAGAGCACGCCCAUUGCGUCCCGGAAAACCAAGGACGGUGCCAUCUUGGUAGAUUGGUACUUUACCGACGACGCAGAGAACCCGCAGAACUGGUCCGACAACAAGCGCAUCAUCAUCACCGCCGUCAUCUGUCUGUACACUUUUGUCGUGUACACCUCCUCGGCCAUUUACACCUCAUCCAUCGAGGGCGUCAUGACUGAGUUCGGCGUGGACGUUACCGAGGCCUCCCUCGGCCUCGCCCUAUUCGUCCUGGGCUACGGCAUCGGGCCUCUCGUCUUCUCACCAAUGUCCGAGAUCCCCAGCAUCGGCCGCAAUCCGAUCUACAUUGUCACCAUGUUCCUCUUUGUCAUCGUCUCCAUCCCCGCGCCAAUGGUCGAUAACUACGCAGGGCUGAUGGUCCUCCGCUUCUUGCAAGGACUCUUCGGUUCCCCUUGCCUGGCAUCCGGCGCCGCGUCUCUCGGUGACAUGUACUCAAUGGCCAAGCUUAGCUAUGCCGGCGCUCUGAUAACCUGGACGUGCGCCGCCUACCUCGGUCCGGCCUUGGGACCUUUGCUCUCCGGAUACGCCGUCAUGGCAAAGGGCUGGCGCUGGUCCCUCUGGGAAAUCCUCUGGGUGUCGGCCCCGAUCUUCGUAGUCAUGUUCAUCCUCCUCCCGGAGACCUCGGGCCCCAACAUCCUCCUCCGCCGGGCCAAGCGCCUCCGCAAACUGACGGGAAACGCGCGGUUCAUGUCGCAGUCCGAAAUCGACCAGCGCAACCUCAAGACCUCGACGGUCGUCAUCGACGCCCUCAUCAAGCCCCUCGAGAUCACCAUCAAGGACCCCGCCAUCCUCUUCGUGCAGGUCUACACGGGCAUCAUCUACGGCAUCUACUACUCCUUCUUCGAGGUCUUCCCCCUGGUCUACCCGGUUUACUACCACAUGAACCUGGGGCAGAUCGGCCUCGUCUUCCUCUGCAUCCUCGUGUCGUGCUUCUUCGGCGUGGCCAUGUACAUGUCCUACCUGGCCUUGUACGUGAACCCGCGCAUCAAGAAGUACGGCCUGCCGGUGCCCGAGAGCCGCCUCGUCCCCGCCAUCCCCGCGUCCCUCGGCCCCACCGUCGGCCUCUUCAUCUUCGCCUGGACCGCCUCCCCCGCCAUCCACUGGAUCGCCCCCACCGUCGGCAUCACCACCUACAGCGCCACCGCCUUCGUCGUCAUGCAGUGCAUCUUCGUCUACGUCCCGCUCAGCUACCCGCAGUACGCCGCCAGUCUGUUCGCCGGCAACGACUUCUUCCGCUCCGCCUUCGCCUUCGCGAGCAUCCUCUUCGCGAAGCCGCUCUUCAGCGACCUUGGCGUCGCCCGCGGCACCAGUUUGCUCGGUGGGCUGAGUACCAUUGGUAUCAUCGGUAUCUGGCUGUUGUACAUUUACGGAGCGAAACUCAGGGCCAUGAGCAAGUUUGCCGUUUCUUCUUGA